GUGAAAGAAAACGAGACAACAACUUCAGUGAAAGAAAACGAGACAACAACCUCAAUGAAAGAAAACGAGACAACAACCUCAGUGAAAGAAAACGAGACAACAACUUCAGUGAAAGAAAACGAGACAACUACCUCAGUGAAAGAAAACGAGGCAGAAAAUGAAUCAAAAGAAAACGAGGCAGAAAAUGAAUCAAAAGAAAACGAGGCAGAAAAGGUAGCAAAAGAAAACGAGACAAAGACCACAGUAAAAGACAAAUUAGCCAAAGAAAGCGAGACAGAGACAUUAUUGAAAGAAAACGAAUCUGGGAUAUUGGUGAAGGAAAACGGGACAGACAUGAAGAUGAUAACAGAGUCCCAUGUGGGCGAAUUAAACGUCACCUCACCGGGAGUCAGUGGGAUACGUAGACUCAUGACCCAAGAGGAAUAUCUGAGAGUGAAGAAAAUUCACCAAGACAGAAUCUCGUUGGUGAAAGAGCGAUGCGAGAAGUUUACCCCAACCGCCACCAGGGGACUCACGGCGCUGAUCAACAGAGGGAGCCACUACAAGCUGGGCAACAAGCUGUUUCUUCCUCAGGAUGUUAUCAAUUCGAAUUUCCAGAUUGAUGAGACACACCGCGUGACCUUCUGUUGGCAAUACAAGGUCGGGUCGACAGCCUGGAAUGCAAUGUUCGCCUACCUGCUCAACCAGACCAGUGUAAUCCGGCGGAAAACCUUCUACGACAUGCGCAAGAUCAUGACAGUGAAGACCAUGAAAGAGUUCAAGAAGUCCAUGGACUUCUACAAGUUCCUCAUCGUUCGAGAGCCUCUGGAAAGACUAUUGUCGGCGUACAGGGACCGCAUCGAAGACACCUCUCACCGCUCGUGGCAGAGAGACAACUACGUGCCGAAAAUACUCAAGGUUACGAGACCCCAUUUGAAGAGCGCCGACAUCAGAGUCAACGGGAGCCUCGUCGUCAUCCCCACCUUCAGGGAGUUCGUGGAGUACCUGCUGGUGACGCCCAUCGGGAACUACGACCCCCACUGGCGCCCUUACUGGAAGCACUGCGCCCCCUGCGUCGUCUCCUUCCAGGCCAUCGGCAGGGCGGAGACGCAGGCGCAGGAUAUCCGCUUCAUCCUGGAGGACUCCGGGCUGGCGAGGGAGAUCGAUAAUACGGUCCUUGAGCAAAACGCCCACCACGGCCGAGGCAGCACGCACGACCUCCUUGUGUCUUACUACUCGACCCUCGACAUCUCCACCCUCGAGAAGCUCUACCGGCGCUACGAGGUCGACUACUUCAUCUUCGGCUACGACAUCCAGCUCCUCCUCGACGAACUCCAUCCUCACAGGAACAUCUCCUUCAAGUCGAGGUUCUGAGGCGCUUUGUCCCAAGUGUGAUCUCAAGGUCUUGUUUUAAAUAGACCGGUGGACGUGGCCGCGGUGUCGUGGCGAGGAACCUGACAGAGGACGAUCAAGGUCCUGCGAGGCCCUCCUUCCACCUUCUACCGGCAUAAGCUAAAGCCUGCUAGCAUUUGGUAAGGUCUCGCAAGGUCUGCCAAAACCUGGCAAGGUCUGCCAUCGUCUACCAUCGUGCGCUGAGGCCUGUCAGAGAUCUGACAAAGUUCUGGCAUGGUCUAGCAAGGACUUCUCGUCAUCUGUUAACACCUACAAGCUUUGACAAGGUCCAGCAUCGCCUAUCAAUAUAUGUUAAGGUCCGGCAAGGUCUUUCAACGUCUUGCAAUCUGUUUGUUUUGCCGUUGGUCAUGUGAUACCAUUACAGUGUGAUACUACUGUGUGUUGCUUCUUGUCGGCCAUAACACGCUGUGGAUCUGGUUAGGAAAGACAAUACCAGAGGGGCGUGGAGGAACAACAUGGGAAUAUCAAGAGUAAUUAAAACGUUUUUGGGAUUGUUAUAAAAAGCUGAUUGUAAGAUUUCAUAACUGAAAUACUAUCACGAUAAAAAGAAUAAUGUAUGGUGAUAUUCAAGACAUGUGAUGAGCUAUUAAAGAACAAAUAUUUUUACAAUAUACUAUGACUAAAACCUCAAAA